AUGUUUUAUAUAAUUGGAUUGGGAUUAUCAGACGAAACUGAUAUCACCAUUAAAGGUCUUGAAGCAAUUAAAUCAUGUGAAAGGAUAUACUUAGAAGCAUACACUAGUGUUUUAAUGGUUUCAAAAGAAAAAUUGGAAGAAUUUUAUGAUAAGAAAUUAAUCCUUGCUGAUAGGGAAAUGGUAGAAUCUCAAAGUGAUAAAAUUUUAUCUAAAGCUGAUAAAAUAAAUGUAGCAUUUUUAGUUGUAGGAGAUCCAUUUGGUGCUACAACUCAUACCGAUUUAAUUUUGCGUGCACGAGAGCUUAAGAUUCCUGUUAAAAUUAUACAUAAUGCAUCAAUAAUGAAUGCAAUUGGGGCAUGUGGAUUACAACUUUAUAAUUUUGGUCAAACAGUUUCAAUCCCUUUUUUUACUGAAUCUUGGCAUCCUGAUAGUUUUUAUGAACGCAUUAAAGAAAAUCGAUCUUUAGGAUUACAUACUUUAUGUUUAGGUAAUAAAAUUUAUGAACCACCACGUUAUAUGACAGUGAACCAAGCAAUUCAACAAUUAUUAGAAAUUGAAGAAAUUCGACAAGAGAAAGCUUAUACAGGUGGAACAAUAGGUAUAGGAAUUGCUUGUCUUGGUUCAAUCACUGAACAAAAAAUUAUAGGAGGUACAUUAAUUCAAUUGCUUGAGGAGGACUUUGGGCCUCCGUUACAUUCGCUUGUUAUAGUAGGGAGUAAACUACAUAUACUAGAGGCUGAUUAUAUGAGAUAUUUUGUUAAAGAUAAAAAAAAUUUUGAUGAAAUUGUAAAAAAUCAAACUAUUUAA